AUGGAGCGUGGGGCCCUGAGGCCACGUGGCGAUUCAACCAUAGCUUUUUUAAGCCGUGUCUUUUACGGCCUUUGGCCUCGGCCUUUGGCCUCGGCCUUCAAUAAUGCGGAAGGCGAAAUGCUUGACGAAACGGUAGGUGCCAGGGUCGAAGGGAAGUCCCUUCAAUCACUUCAUGACCGUGAUUUAUUAGGCACAAACAAAGACCAAAACGGAAAGAAAUCUGCAACUCUUAUUUUGGUCGUCGAUCGAGAUAGCCUAGAUUCGGAGGUGAUCUAA